AUGCCCGCCAGACCUCAUCAGAAUGGAGCAAAAGAAAGAAGGAAACUACCCCACACCACGGUGCAGAGGUUCCUGAGCUGGGGGCUGCCCAACUCCUGUAGCCGAUUCCUGUGGCGCCAGCGGGGCGAGUUUCCGGUCAGUGCUUUCCUGCUGGGGGCAGGCACUGGGGGGCUCCUGGCCAUAGGUCUCUUUCAGCUGCUGGUGAACCCUAUGAACAUCUAUGAAGAUCAGAAGAUGGCGACUUUGUACAGCUUGGUGGGCUUGGGGGCCAUCGGCUGGGGGACCUCCCCUCACAUCCGCUGCGCCAGCCUCCUGCUAGUACCCAAGAUGCUGGGCAAGGAGGGCAGGCUCUUUGUGCUGGGAUAUGCCUUGGCUGCCAUCUAUGAGGGACCCGUGGCCAACCUGCGGCACAACCUCAAUGAGGUGAUAGCAUCACUGGGCUGCACUGUGGAGCUGCAGAUCAACAACACCCGCGCAGCCUGGCGAGUCUCCACAGCCCCCCUGCGGGCAGUGUUCAAGGACCUGCUGAGCAGCAAAGACUCAUUGAAAGCAGAGACUCAGAACAUCACCAGCUCCUUUGAGGAACUGGAUGCCCAGGUGAACAGUGAGAGUGGAUACGCGCCUGAGGAUGCCAAGGGCUCGGAGGAGACAGCCCCAGGCGGGGAGACCCACCGCGCCUCAGCCUUCAGACACCGUCUCUCUACGCAGAAGAUGUAUGAGCUGAAGACGAAGCUGCGUUGCUCUAAUGUGGUGAACAAGGCCGUAGUCAACUGCCGCCGCUGGUUUGACCAAAAGCACAGAGAAUGCAUGCAACGCAUCUGGGUCCCGCUCCUCAACCACCUGCUCUGCCUGCCCAUGAAAUUCAAGUUCUUCUGUGGCAUUGCCAAGGUGAUGGAAGUUUGGUGCCGCAGUCGCAUCCCAGUGGAAGGCAACUUCGGGCAGACCUAUGACUCCCUCAACCAGUCUAUUCGAGGCCUGGAGGGGGAGUUUUCAGCCACUAUUACCUUCAAGGAAGAGAAGCGGGCUGGGGUACUGGCCCUCAACACGAGCUGGGAACACGUGAGCACGGAGGUGCGGGACUACGUGCGACGCCGGGAGGCCCAGCUGGAGCGGGCCCUGGGGCUGCUGCACGUGCUGCUGUCCUGCACCUUCCUGCUCGUCCUCCACGCAUGCUUCUCCUACGUGGACAGCUAUAACGGGGACGUCCGCUUCGACAACAUCUACAUCAGCACCUACUUCUGUCAGAUCGAUGAACGCAGGAAGAAGCUGGGCAAGCGGACUCUGCUGCCACUCCGCAAAGCCGAGAAGAAAACCGUCAUCUUCCCCUGGGACCCCACUAUCCAGGCCUCAGAAAUGAGAAAUGUGAUAAGGGAGCUCAUGGAGACACUGCCCGUGCUGCUGCUGCUGCUGGUGCUGUGUGGCCUGGACUGGGCUCUCUACUCCGUCUUCAACACCAUCCGCCACCACUCCUUCGUGCAGUACUCCUUCCGCAGCAGUCAUAAGCUGGAGGUGAAAGUCGGGGGAGACUCCAUGCUUGCCCGGCUUCUUCGAAAUACCAUCGGGGCCCUGAACACCUCCUCGGAGACGGUGGUGGAAUCAAACAACAUGCCCUGCCUGCCCCAGCCCGUGCCCCUGAGUACCAGGGCCUAUUUGAGGGCUGCACUUCCAAGUGGCCUGCUCGUGUGUCUCUGCCUGCUCCAGGCUUUCGCCUACCGGCUCCGGAGGGUCAUCGCAGCCUUCUACUUCCCUAAGCGUGAGAAGAAGCGGAUCCUGUUCCUCUACAAUGAGCUCCUGAGGAAGAGAGCAGCCUUCACCCAACUGAGGAGGGCCGACAUCCUGAGGCGGGCGCGACAGCAGAGCGCUCCGCGCCGCCACCUGGCGGACAUCCUGCACCGCCGCUGCCCCCUCUUGCGCCCCUGGCUGCGCAGGCGAUGUGUGGUGUGCCAGGCACCCGAGACGCCCGAGUCCUACGUGUGCCCUACGCCGGGCUGCGAGACAGUGUACUGCCGGUCGUGCUGGAACGACAUGCGGCAGCGGUGCCCCGUCUGCACACCCCGCGAGGAGCUCUCCUCCUCCGCCUACAGCGACAGCAACGAUGAUGCUACCUACGCGGAGUGAAGAGCCGUCCCGCUCGCUCUCCCACUCGCUCCUCCCUGUUUAAUAAAAUGGCUUGUACACUCCUGCUGCCCGCACUCCACAGGGGUCCGGCACGGGAGGGUGAGCCGGGCAGUCCAGAGAACUGGCCCUCCUGAUCCGGCAGAGCCGGGCUGCGGACGUGAGGCCGGAGGGCCCUGAAGCUGCUAGGAAGGCAUCCGGACCCAGGGCAGGGUGGAGGCGCGACUUCCAAGCCGGUCGGACCGGGCCUCGGCUCCCACUCUGCACAGUAGCCGGGAAGUGGCUGUACGGGGCGGCGCGGGCCGCGCGGGAGUCGGAGUGGUGGCCUAGGUCCACUCCUCUUUGGGACCCGGCGCGCUGUGGGGGCGGGGCCUGUCCAGGGCGGAGCCGCGGGGGCGGAGCCUGGCUUGGGCCGGGUGG